AUGAAGGCCUCCCUCUCGACGACUAAGGCGUCCCUCGCCUCGCCCGUGGUCUCCGGCCCUGGCUCAGCCAACAUCGCGCGCUUCGAUGGGCUCAAGUCGACCUCCGUCUUCGCGGGCGCCAAGCACACCUCCCAGGCCGCUCAGCUGCGCGCCAAGUCCACGGCGGUGCAAAGCACCGAGGCGCAGCGCGGCGUGGUGCGGUGCGAGCAGACGGAGCCCGGCAUGAAGCUGGUGUUCGUGUCGGCGGAGGUGGCGCCGUGGAGCAAGACUGGCGGCCUGGGCGACGUGCUGGGCGGCCUCCCCCCCGCUCUCGCCGCCAGGGGCCACCGUGUGAUGACGGUGUCGCCACGCUACGACCAGUACAAGGACGCCUGGGACACCGACGUAAUCAUUGAUGUGAAGGUGGGCGACGCGGUGGAGAAGGUGCGGUUCUUCCACUGUUACAAGCGCGGCGUGGAUCGCGUGUUCGUGGACCACCCGUUGUUCCUGGCCAAGGUGUACGGCAAGACGGGCAGCAAGGUGUACGGGCCCAAGACGGGCGUCGACUACGACGACAACGUGCUGCGCUUCUCGCUCUUCAACCAGGCGGCGCUCAUGGCGCCCAAGGUGCUGGCGCUCAACAACAACCCGUAUUACUCGGGCACGUAUGGCGAGGACGUGGUGUUCGUGGCCAACGACUGGCACACGGGCGUGCUGCCGGCGUACCUCAAGGUGCUGCAGCAGCAGGGCCACUUCCGGCAGGCCAAGGUCGCCUUCUGCACGCACAACAUCGCGUACCAGGGCCGCUUCGCGCCCGGCGACUUCGACCGCCUCAACCUCCCCGACUCCUUCCGCCCCUCCUUCGCCUUUACUGACGGGUACGCGACGCCGGUGAAGGGGCCGAAGAUCAACUGGCUGAAGGCGGGAUUCACGGAGGCGGACAUGGUGCUGACGGUGUCGCCCAACUACGCGGCGGAGCUGCAGUCGGGGCCGGCCAAGGGCGUGGAGCUGGACGACGUGAUUCGCGCCAAGGGCAUUAAGGGCAUCGUGAACGGCAUGGACGUGUCGGAGUGGGACCCGUCGGAGGACAAGUUCCUCGACGCGCGCUACGACGCGUCCAACGUGCUGGAGAUCAAGCCGGCGCUCAAGGAGGCGCUGCAGGCGGAGGUGGGGCUGCCGGUGCGCGCGGACGUGCCGCUGCUGGCGUUCAUCGGGCGGCUGGAGGAGCAGAAGGGGUCGGACAUUCUGUCGGCGGCGGUGGAGGAGAUUCUGGCGGGCGACGUGCAGCUGAUCGUGCUGGGCACGGGCAAGAAGUACCUGGAGCAGCAGCUCGAGGCGCUCGAGGCCAAGUACCCCGACAAGGCGCGCGGCGUCGUCAAGUUUAACACCCCGCUGGCGCAUCUCAUGACGGCCGGCGCCGACUUCAUGCUCGUGCCGUCGCGCUUCGAGCCGUGCGGGCUGAUCCAGCUGCACGCCAUGCGCUACGGCACCGUGCCCAUCGUGGCGUCCACGGGCGGGCUCGUGGACACCGUGAAGGACGGCGUCACGGGCUUCCAGAUCGGCGAGUUCAACGUCGACUGCGAGGCUGUGUAUCCGGAGGACGUGGCGACGCUAGCGGCGGGAGUGCAGCGCGCGCUCAAGGUAUUCGGCACGCCCGCGUUCGACCAGAUGAUUCUCAACGGCAUGGCGCAGGACCUGUCGUGGAAGGGCCCCGCCAAGGAGUGGGAGGAGACGCUCCUCUCGCUGCAGGUCGAAAACUCCUCGCCCGGCCAGGCCGACGGCGUUGAAAUCGCGCCCAAGGCCCUCGCCAACGUCGCCGCCCCCUAA